CUAACAUUUGACCCUCCCUACCAGUCCCAAUUGACCAAAAACAUGUCUCUCUUCUCCCUCUCCGGCAAAACCGCCCUCGUCACCGGUGGCACACGAGGCAUUGGCCAGGCCAUCGUGCUGGGCCUCGCCGAGCACGGCGCAGACAUCAUCCUCUGUCAGCGCAGCUCCAAGCCAUCCGACACCCAGUCCGCCGUCGAAGGCCUCGGUCGACAAUGCCAUAUCGUUGAGUGCGAUCUAGCGGAUCGUGCCCAGGUAGAGACACUCAUCUCUCGGGUUGUGGCCACCCACAAGGUCGAUAUCCUCGUCAACGGUGCCGGAAUCCAGCAACGGCGCGAGGCCGCCAAUUAUGACCUGGAGACCUACGAUGCCGUGAUGCAGACCAACCUGACAGCUCCUUUCAUUUUGUGCCGUGAUAUAGGUCGUCAUUGGCUAUCUAUCGGUCAGCCGGGGCGGAUAAUUAACCUAGCCAGUCUUGCGAGCUUCCAGGGUGGAGUGAAUAUGGCCGGGUAUGCGGGAAGCAAAGGGGGUGUCCUGCAGUUGACCAAGGCGUUCAGCAACGAGUGGGCGGGCAAGGGCAUCAACGUGAAUGCUAUUGCACCGGGGUAUAUCGCGACCGACAUGAACCUGGAUACACGCACAGAUCCGCAACGGGCGGACUAUUUCCGGUCCAUCACGGAACGAAUCCCCGCGGGUCGAUGGGGAAAUCCGGAGGACUUCAAAGGGAUAGCAGUCUUUCUGGCUAGCCCGGCGAGCAAUUAUAUCUCUGGAGAGAGCAUUUUGGUGGAUGGUGGUUGGAUGGGCCGGUGAUGCGCCCUCCGUCUCCAAUUUCCCCAAUGCGGAGACACAUCCCAGUCAUCCACGGUGGCUAUUAUCCUUCGAUUCAGAUAAACACAUAUGUAUGU